UGACAAUUGAAGCUGAAAACUUAAACCUACUUUUGGUGUUGCAGUGCCGCCUCCUACCAUACUCUUGUCUUUCUCUCUGAACCAAAAACAUGCAUCUCAUCCAAACAAGUAGAUCUCAAAUAAAAAAAACACCAUAUCAGAUCUAAAAUUUCUUCAUCUCCUUACAUGUUAAUCGCGAGUUGAUUAGUUUCAAUCAUCAUUCGUGCCUUCUUACAUCCUCUUCCAUUUCGUUCCUCUGCCGGACGAUAAUCUUUCUGAGUUUUUCUGAUUUUUGUAUCAAUUGAAGUAGCACUGUGUAUUGACCCGGUCCGGCUCACCAAACCGGCCGAGUCACCGGUUUUUACCGGUUCGUAGCGAGUUACGCCGAUUCUGACUGGUUCAAUUGCACAACCGAUCCAAGAAACAAACCGAACCGGUCAUAUCACCGGUUCUAGGUCGGUCCGGUUCGACCGGCCGGUCCGAGUUGAGUUUUAAAACUAUGCAAUACAGUAGCUGAAGAAGGUAUUCCGCGGCGCUGAAGAAUAUUCGAAUUUGAUAACAAUGGAACCAUACCCACAACGACCAUCUGCCAAUGCUGAUCGGUUGGAGGGUUUCAGGAAUUCUGUUGACGAAUUUCGUACCCAAGUUGACAAUCUUCAGAAACAAGUGAUUGAAGUUGAGCACUACUACGAAUCCUCUGGUAUUUUUCAAGGCAACAGUUCUAGAGGUGGUUCAGUUGUAAAAGAGAAGGGUCGGGAGAAAACUCUUGCUGGCACUAAAACACCGCUGCAAGAUGCAUUGCGUACGGAAACCGCUGCUGGAAAGAGGAUGCAGGAGCUGAUGCGUCAGUUUUCCACAAUAUUACGUCAGAUCACUCAGCACAAGUGGGCCUGGCCCUUUCUGGAACCUGUAGAUGUAGAAGGUCUCGGGCUUCACGACUAUUAUGAGAUUAUUGAUAAGCCCAUGGACUUCGGUACAAUAAAAAAUAAAAUGGAAGCUAAGGAUGGCACUGGAUACAAGAAUGUCCGGGAGAUUUAUGCGGAUGUGAGAUUGAUAUUUAAGAAUGCCAUGAAGUACAACAAUGAAAAACAUGAUGUCCAUGUAAUGGCAAAGACCUUGAUGGAAAAAUUUGAAGAUAAAUGGCUGCUACUGUUACCCAAAGUUGCUGAAGAGGAAAAGAGACAAAUAGAGGAAGAAGCUCAAGUGCAGAUGGACAUUCAUCUUGCUCAGGAGACGACCUAUGCCGAUAUGGCUAAGGAUUUAAGCAAUGAGCUUAAUGAGGUUGGUAUACGCUUGAUGGAAUUCAGAGAAAAGGUCAUUCAGAAUUGCAGGAAACUAUCUACCGGAGAGAAGAAAGCACUUGGGAAGGCUAUCGCCAAAUUGUCUCCUGAAAAUCUCCAGAGGGCAUUGGAUUUAGUUGCUGAGAUCAACCCAAGCUUUGAAUCUACUGCAGACGAGGUGGUGCUUGACAUUAAUGCUCAGAGUGACUACACAGUCUGGAGGUUGUACCAUUUUGUGAAAGGUGCUCUAGAAGGUCAACAAGGCACAGCUGUUAAUAAUGAUACCGAGGAGAAGAGAUACAGCUCUAGAAAAAGGCGAGAAUUUUCUGAUGAUCAUGCCAAAAACCCAUCAAAGAGUAGAAAACUAUCGACUUCCUGAACAGCACAUCAUAGAAGGCAGCAUUGGUUUUGCUUGAUUGCCCUAAAGUUGUAAACUUUCAGUGUAGGAUGAUGUUGUUGUAAGGCCAACUUAUAACUCCAUUUAUCUAUAGUAAGAUAUUCACAACUAUGUUUAUGAAGCCAAUAACUUAAAUGAGCAGAAGCAUAGCUUACAGAAGUAACCUGGUGGAGGUGCACACCACACCAAGUGAAGGGGAUUUCUUUUUUUACAUUUUAUGGGUACAUAGUGUUGUAUGUACAAAUGAUGGUUGAUUAUAUGAAUGUAUUGGGUGACAUUAUCCUUUU